CUGUGUGGGCGAGGGGAGGACGUUCAGUAGCUGCCUCCCAGUAUCCUUAAUCCCCCUUUCUUUUUUAUUUUAUAUAGAAAAAUUCUAUAUAUGCAUUAUUUUCUUUCUGCCCCCUCUUAGUGUGCCCUGUGUCAGUAUGGCUCCCAGGAUCGCAGGAUCUCCUUUCUACAUGUGGCAUUUAUUUGCAGGGGUACUUUUGCUCUCCCUCCCCCAGCAGGCGAGCUCUUGCCCCAGUCGUUGCCUGUGCUUUCGCACCACUGUGAGAUGCAUGCAUUUGAUGUUGGAGAAUGUGCCCACUGUGUCCCCCCAGACAACUAUCCUGGAUUUGCGAUUUAAUAGAAUUAAGGACAUUCAGCCUGGAGCUUUUAGAAACUUAAAGAAUUUGAACACUCUGUUAUUAAACAACAAUCAAAUUAAAAGGAUACCAAGCGGUGCAUUUCAAGACCUCGAUAACCUCAAAUAUCUCUAUUUGUACAAGAAUGAAAUCCAAUCCAUUGACAGGCAAGCUUUUAAAGGACUUGCCUCUCUAGAACAACUGUACCUUCAUUUUAACCAUAUUGACACAUUGGAACCAGAAUCAUUUCAUCACCUUCCCAAGCUUGAAAGACUAUUUCUACAUAACAAUCGAAUAACCCACUUGGUACCUGGCACUUUUAGUCAGUUGGAAUCUAUGAAAAGGCUUCGAUUGGACUCAAAUGCACUUCACUGUGACUGUGAGAUGCUUUGGCUGGCCGAUCUGCUGAAGAUCUAUUCUGAAUCUGGAAAUGCCCAGGCUGCAGCUACCUGUGAAUAUCCACGCAGACUUCAUGGAAGAUCGCUGUCCACUAUCACACCAGCUGAGCUUAACUGUGAGAGGCCAAGGAUUACAUCAGAGCCACAAGAUGUGGAUGUUACCUUUGGGAACACUGUGUACUUUACGUGCAGGGCUGAAGGCAAUCCCAAACCAGAAAUCAUAUGGCUUCGAAACAAAAAUGAGUUGAGUAUGAAAGAUGAUUCAAGACUAAAUCUCUUAGAAGAUGGAACAUUGAUGAUUCAGAACACUCAAGAGACUGAUCAGGGAGUUUACCAGUGCAUGGCAAAAAAUAUUGCUGGGGAAGUGAAAACACAUGAAGUGACUCUCCGAUACUAUGGAACCCCAGCUCGGCCCAGUUUUGUAAUUCAGCCCCAAAACACAGAAGUGUUGGUUGGUGAAAGCGUAACUUUGGAAUGCAGUGCUGCAGGUCAACCCCAUCCGCGCAUCACAUGGACAAGAGGAGACAGAUCCCCAUUGCCAAAUGACCCUCGUAUCACUAUUACCCCAUCAGGUGGCCUGUAUAUUCAAAAUGUUAACCAAGAGGAUGGAGGAGAAUACACAUGUUUUGCAACAAACAGUGUUGACACCAUUCACUCAACGGGUUUUAUUAUUGUCCAAUCUGUCCCACAAUUUACAGUCAUUCCACAAGAUCGGAAUGUUUUUGAAGGCCACACAGUUGAUUUCCAUUGUGAAGCUCAAGGUAACCCUCAGCCGGUUAUUGCCUGGACUAAAGGAGGGAACCAGCUGUCUGUCGACAGAAGACAUCAAAUUUUGUCAACAGGGACACUGAGGAUAUUGCGCGUUGCUUUGCAUGACCAAGGCCAGUAUGAAUGCCAAGCUGUAAACAUUGUGGGAUCCAAAAGUACAGAAGCACAACUUAUAGUUCAAGCCAGAGUGACCCCUGUGUUUGCUACUGUACCCAGUGAUAUGACCGCAGAAGUUGGCACCACUGUCCAGAUUCCUUGUAGUUCUCAGGGAGACCCUUUGCCCGUGAUAACAUGGAACAAGGAUGGAAUACAAGUGACAGAAAGUGGAAAGUUUCACAUAAGCCCAAAUGGAUAUUUAGCUAUUCGUGAUGUUGGACCAGUUGAUCAAGGACGAUAUGAAUGUGUUGCUCGAAAUACGAUUGGCUACUCUGCAGCAAGUAUGGUCCUAACAGUAUUGGUCCCUGAAGUCAGCCGCACUGGAGACCCCUUUGUUGCAACCUCAAUUAUUGAGGCUAUUGCAACUGUCGACAGAGCAAUUAACUCGACUAGAUCACAUUUGUUUGACAGUCGCCCUCGUACUCCAAAUGACUUGCUGGCCCUGUUCCGAUAUCCACGAGAUCCUUACACAGUAGAACAAGCUAGAGCAGGAGAAAUAUUUGAAAGAACAUUGCAAUUAAUUCAAGAUCACGUGCAGAAUGGCUUGAUGUUCGACCUAAAUGGAACAAGUUACCACUACAAUGACCUGGUGUCUCCGCAGUACUUAAAUCUGAUCGCAAACCUCUCUGGUUGCAGUGCUCAUAGACGAAUCAAUAAUUGUUCCAAUAUGUGCUUCCACCAAAAAUACAGGACACAUGAUGGUACCUGCAAUAACCUACAGCAUCCAAUGUGGGGAGCAUCCUUGACAGCUUUUGAGCGGUUGUUGAAAUCAGUCUAUGAUAAUGGAUUUAAUUUACCAAGAGGCUUAAGACCUGAAAGACUUUAUAAUGGGUUUCCACUUCCUUUUCCUCGUUCAGUUUCAACAAAUGUGAUAGGAACUCAGACAAUAACACCAGAUGAACAAUACACUCACAUGUUAAUGCAGUGGGGUCAGUUUCUUGACCAUGACCUUGACUCUACAGUUGUUGCUCUUAGCCAGGCUAGAUUUUCUGAUGGUCAAGAUUGUAGUUCUGUCUGCACAAAUGAUGCUCCUUGCUUCCCUGUUUUAGUUCCACCAAAUGAUCCACGGGUCAGGAACAAUGCACGUUGUAUGUUUUUUGUACGUUCAAGCCCUGUGUGCGGCAGUGGCAUGACCUCUCUUCUUAUGAACUCUGUAUACCCCCGAGAACAAAUGAACCAGUUGACAUCAUACAUAGAUGCAUCUAAUGUGUAUGGAAGUUCAGAUCAUGGUGCUGAGGAAGUCAGAGACUCAGCAAGCCACAGGGGCCUUUUAAAACAAGGCAUUGUCCAAAGAUCUGGAAAACCUCUUCUCCCUUUUGCCACUGGGCCUCCUACUGAGUGUAUGAAGGAUGAAAAUGAAAGUCCUAUACCGUGCUUUUUGGCUGGUGACCACCGUGCUAAUGAGCAGUUAGGUUUAACAAGUAUGCAUACAUUGUGGUUCAGGGAACAUAAUAGAAUUGCUACUGAAUUGUUGAAGCUUAAUCCUCAUUGGGAUGGAGAUACAAUUUAUCAUGAAUCUCGCAAAAUAGUUGGUGCUGAAAUGCAACAUAUAACAUACAAUCAUUGGUUGCCAAAAAUCCUAGGAGAAUUUGGCUUGAAAAUGCUUGGAGAAUAUCAAGGCUAUGAUCCCAAUGUAAAUGCUGGCAUACUUAAUGAAUUUGCAACAGCUGCCUUUAGAUUUGGCCACACACUUAUAAACCCUAUCCUGUAUCGACUAGAUGAAAAUUUUGAACCUAUUCCACAAGGACAUUUACCUCUUCACAGAGCCUUCUUUUCUCCAUAUAGAAUUGUAAAUGAAGGUGGUAUUGAUCCUCUUCUUAGAGGACUUAUUGGAGUUGCUGGAAAAAUGCGAGUUCCAUCUCAGUUAUUAAACACAGAACUAACAGAGAAGCUCUUCUCGAUGGCACAUACAGUUGCCUUGGACCUGGCUGCAAUUAAUAUUCAAAGAGGUCGUGAUCACGGGAUACCUCCAUAUCAUGAUUUUAGAGUCUUCUGCAAUCUUUCAUCUGUUAACACGUUUGAUGAUCUGAGAAAUGAAAUCAAGAAUCCAGAUGUUAGAGAGAAAUUAAAAAGAUUGUAUGGCUCACCUCUUAAUAUAGAUUUAUUCCCUGCUCUCAUGGCAGAAGACAUCAUUCCAGGAAGUAGGCUCGGACCGACACUGAUGUGCCUUCUGACUACACAAUUUAGAAAUAUUAGGAACGGAGACAGGUUGUGGUUUGAAAACCCAGGCGUGUUCUCUCCUGCUCAGCUGACACAGAUAAAGCAGACCUCUCUGGCCAGAAUACUGUGUGACAAUAGUGACAACAUUACCAAAGUACAACCAGAUGUCUUCAGGGUAGCAGAGUUCCCACAUGGCUACACCAGCUGUAAAAACAUUGCAAAGCUAGACCUAAGACUGUGGCAGGAUUGCUGUGAAGACUGCAGAACAAGAGGUCAGUUUAGUGCAUUUUCAAGCCAUUUCAGAGGAAAGCGCUCUGCGGAACACAGUUACAGUGAGGAAAAGCCCCAGAACACAGAGGAGACAGAUGGAAUAUCAAGCUCAUCAAACACUACUUUGAAUGCCGAGCAGCCUAAAAACCUCCCACCAGUAAAUGAUUUCAAAGAUUUUGUUGUGGAUAUGCAAAAGACUAUUACAAGUCUUAGAAAACAGAUCAAAAAGCUUGAAUCACGUUUAAGUAACACAGAUUGCACUGAUGAAACUGGAAGAUUACACUCGACCAAUGAAAAAUGGAAACAAGAUUCUUGUACAAAGUGUGAAUGUAAUAAUGGUCAUAUCACAUGUUUUGUUGAAUCCUGCCCGCCGGUAGAGUGCUUGACCCUAGUGAAAAGGGAAGGAGUUUGCUGUCCGGCCUGCACAGACAAGGUGCCGAAAACAUAAUACUCUGGGAUGAACUCUUAAUGAAUUUUGACAGCUACAGUCACUACAAGCAAGGGUCAUGUCAAUAAAGAACAAAUGUAUACCGUGAUUCAAAACCAGAUACCACUGUAUUAUCAUAGCAUUGCUUAUCGUUUCUGUUUUAAAAUUUAGACACAGCAUGGUCUCUUUGAAAGGGAAGUAUAAAAAAACAAUGACAGGAUAUUGAGAUUUAUGUCAGCCAUAUUUUAUUGGUGUAAAUGCAUCUCAGGUUAGAGAAACAAACUAGUGCUAAAAAACAUGUCAUAUUUUUCUGUUAUGACAACCCAGUGAAAUUAGGCAUUGUAAUGACCUGUGCUUCUACCAUAUUUUGUUUUCU